AUGCCGCCUUCUCGGAGUUGGGUUUCACUAAGUGACAAGGAGGUUCUCCAAGAGCUCCAGAAUAUCGUUUUGCGACUCUCCACCAAAGCAGUGACCCCUGUAGGCAGGCGAUCCAGUGAGUGGCAACUGCGCCUUUCGGCGUUGCAGGAGCUUCAGGCGUGCACGCGCGCUGAUCUUUCCCAACGACGGAAUUUCAUACAGAUCAUGUCCUCCCUCUUUAAAGUACCACUUCUGGAGCAGUUGGAGGAUAAGCGUUCGAAAAUCGUGCGCGCGGCGUGUGAGGUGAUUCGAGAUUUCGUCAUCUACUCAACGAACCGCAUGGCCUGUGCGUUGUUGAGUAGCUGGUACGUUCCGACGCUGCUUCGAUUGACCGGCAGUACCGUCUCCGUGAUCGCCCACGCCGCUGGAGAAGUCCUGCACACCAUUUUGAACUCCGGUGGUUGCAGUAUUGAGGCAUUCAACCACGUCCUCAAAUCCUGUUGCGCGCGCCACGCGGUGAUGCGAGCCAAUGCGCUUGAGAUGCUCGCGACGGUGUUGCAGCAAGCCAAGGGAACCUCCCAGCAGCUUCCCAUCGCCAGCUACUCCGCGCCCAUUCGCCGAGUGCUCCGGGAGGGCCUCACCGAUGGCGAUUCGCGAGUUCGGCAAGCGGCGCGCACGUGCUACUGGGCGUUCUUCGCGAUGGAGCCGAGCGAUGCGGAGGUGCUCCUCCACAGCCUCCCAAAGGCCGUGGGGGCCGUUCUCAAUGACGCGAAGGCCGUUGCCUUUCAGCAUAUGGGUGCCGUGCAGCCCACGGAAAGCGGCGCGCCCGAAGGCGCAUCCGAUCCAACCGGGAAUUCCCACACGGCAGGGCAGGCCGCUUCCACCUCUCCAAGAGAAUUCUCAACGGGACCGAAAAGCGCCGCCCUGCGUGAAGCUGCAACGCUCGCGGAAGGGCGAAGGGAGGGAAGGGAGACGAGUAUCGCGCUCUGCGAGGAUUUACGCGCGGUCGCCGCUCGAAAGGCGCGUGCGUUGCUCCUCCGUCGCGCCCGUCUAGCGAUAAACCCGUCCUAUUCACCUUCAGGGGAACGGUUUGCUCUACAGCCCGCCUCGCGCAGCGCUUUUUCCACCUUUAAAGGAGGGCCUUUCCAAUCUCGAAUCGGUAAUGAGGAGGAGGCAGCGAGGGGUUUGCAGGGGGGGUUGACAGAGAGGCAUCCCAACGAUGGGGUCACCAGAGCGCUCACACCGGAGAGAUGGGCGGCGCUGAAGCAGCCCCUCGCGAGCGGCGACUGGCGAGCGCGUUUGGAGGUGAUUCAUGAGCUUCGACGCAUCUACGCGUACUUAGAUGAUCCAAUUCGCGAGGAAUGUAUUAGUGAAAUGGUAUGCCAUCUGGACGAUCCACACUUCCGUAUUCGUGAGGCUACACUUGAAUUUCUGAUCGGACUGCCAGAUCAGUCGCGCAUCGACGUGUUGCAUCGUUACAUGGUCGAGAUGGUAUCGGUUCUUAUCAUGAACACCAACAGCCCCAAGGGCCGGAUUCAGGGCUUGUCUAGACAACUCCUCGCCCAGCUGAUCACGGAGUCCGAGGCGGAGGUCAUUAUGGAUGUCUUUCUCCACUGUGCGGCGUCUGCGUCGACGCCGAAUCUUCGAAAACGCGCCACCGAGGCCCUUCAGUUUAUCUUCGUGAAGCACUCCAGCUACUUUCACCAGACGAGGCCGAUGCUUCGGGUGCUUUCCGCCCUCGCGCGGCAACUUUCGAUGGAGUCGAAGCGCCGAAGCAGCAGCGGUGGUAGUGGGGGGUGGCAGGCGACUGUCAACGCCCUCCUGACGCUUUACGCCGUCGCUCAUGUCUCCUUUCUUCGCAGUUUGCGAGGAUUGGAGGAUGGGGAAGCGCAAGGCCUGCUUCGGGAGGCCCUGAGCUCGGAUUUGCCUGAUCUCGAGGGCGACUCUGCUUCGGCGACGCACCCUCCUCAAGAGCGCUUUCGCCGGGAGAACCUCGUGCCGCCCCCCUUCCGGGCGUAUCUGAAAGGCGCGCGAGGUGCCGCGACGGAGGCCGUGCGAUCAGCCGCCCACCCUGAGUCUCUUGAUCCUACCAGAGGGGGGGAUAUUCUUAGGAGUUCUUCCUCUCUAAGCGGGAAAAGGAACGAACCAAGACGCCCCAUGGGAUCCCUAAUGGGCACCAGUGCGCCUCUUUCUUCUGGGGAGGUGCGCGCCUCGGCGGGGGUGGGCCGCUACUUCGCCUCAUCCUCGCCGCCUAUCGCGGCCUUCAAUGCGGUGGGAGAAGGCUACCACAGUAGCGACGAUGAGAGCGACGUGAUCGCCCCACGCCUAUUUCCCGAUUCUUACCGAUCGGCUCGAAAGGUGACGAUCGCUGCUGUUCAUCCACCUCUCACGCGAGCCGCGUCUUCGGCACCAGAGCCAAAGUGUAGAGCCGAUGGCCAUGCUCAGCGUGCGAAAACAGACCUCUUCAAUUCCCCUUUCUCUAUUAGGCAAUUUGUCGAUCCGUGUGAGGAGCUUUGUGAACCCCUUCCUGAGAUGGAGGCCGCUGGCUCCCCGCGAAGGCGAGGGACCCUACCCAAGCAGCCUCCCCUCAUGGGGGGACGACGAUGGAUUCCGGCCGAUGAGGGCGACGUCGCCGCUGGCUUCCUGUUGAACCCAUCCUCACCGCAAGAUCUCAUUGCGGAGUUGCUUCACAGCAGGGAUUUUUUCGAGCGAUGUGAGGCGCUCGAGCGAAUUAGGUCCUCCUUGCACGAGUCGGAUGCCCAUUUCUUCUGGGCUGAGGAGGAGGUUGCUCCGAGGCUCCUCGUCGUGAUGGAGCAGUACUGCACGGAGGCUCUUCAGCCCAAUCACCGCGUGCGGCGCCGCGGCUUCUUGGUGUUGCAAACCAUCAUCGAGCUCCCAUUUAUGCGUCCGCUUGUCGCGCGGAAGCUCGCCCGUCUGCUGCGUUACUGCCGGAUUGGAAUCGACGACGCGUUCGUGGAGGUUCAGCAGGAGGCGGCCCGGACGAUGCAUCAGGCCCUUGUCAGCUGUAAACUCCCACAGGAUCUGUGCUUGAAUAGCCUGGCGGCGUGUUUGGAGGGGUGGCAGCGGGGUCCGGCGCGGUGUGAUUCCACCAGGGGCUGGCUGGAGAUUCUGAAUGAGGUCGGCCGACUCUUCGAGAGGAUCGCUGGGCUUCCUUUGAAACAAGGACGUGGUAGUAGUAGCACGCUAACGGGAUCUAUUUUACGGCGCGUCGUUCACGUUCUCCAGUGGUGUGUUGAUCACUGCGCGGAGAAGGUUCGUCAUGCCUCGACCUUGGCAUUUGUGGCGAUGUGGAACGCGUUGGGUUCGAGCGUGCUGCCUUUUUUGGUUCCCCUGACGGUCGCGCAGCGUGAGUUGGUAACGGCGUAUCACAAUAAGGCUUUUCGAGAAGCAUAUGAAUUUUGUGAUCAAGCACCGGAUUAUCUUUUUCCUGAGCGUGGGUCGGUCGCGGUCGAACGGGGGGAAGGGCCGUUACCACGUGAUUUGGACGCAGAAAUGCGUGCUAUGGGCUUGGUAAAAUAA